CUUUUUUUCCCCCCUCUUAGUUUACACAAAUGUUGGUCCCAUAAGAGAUGGCUGCUGGGAAAUUAUCAGGAGACGUCUGCAGCAGAUAAGAUGACACCAAAGCUUUGUUGUGUCAGUUUUGUUUUUUUAAGGAUCGCAUGAAGAGCAUCUGAAAGGGUUCAUUUUGGCAUAAACGUCUUAAUUUGUCACAGAAAUGAAGGAUCGAACUAUUCUGACCCUCUUUGCUGUGAUUGUGCUCCUUCUAAUCUUUUUCCUGACUUCAUUUGACGAACAGGUGCAAAAUGUUUUUGGAUUCAACAAAACAGAGUUAAAAUUCAAAACAGGCACAGCUAAAGCUGCUCCAAAGUGCAGGCUCUCCGCAGUCUGUCCCAAAGACCACUUUCCUUUUAAAAUUUGGAGUGGAGCUGCUAAUGUUGUUGGGCCAAAAAUCUGUUUCAACGGUAAAAACGUUAUGAGUCACAUUUUGAACAACGUGGGACCAGGACUGAACAUUGUGGUGGUAAAUGAUGAGACUGGAGUUGUAGAAAGGUUUGACUAUCUUAAUAUGAUAAGUGGAAACUCAGCAGACAUCCUGACGUAUUUGGAGAAGAUAAAGCCUGGAAUGAUUGUGCUGGUGGCCUCCUUUGAUGAUGCAGCAACAAAGAUGACAGAUGAAAUAAGGCAGAUGUUUGUCGAUAUGGGAAGCACUUUGAUCCGCUCUGUUAAACACAGAGACAACUGGGUGUUUGCUGGAAGAGCAGGGAUAAAAAUCAAAAGCAUCUUCGAGCAGCGAGCUGAGAAUGAUGAGAUAACAAAUGUUUUCGAUGGAUGGCCAGAGAUGGUGCAAGUGGGUGGCUGUUUCCCAAUGACUAAGAGUGUCUAAAAAUCCAAUUUAAUGGGGCGGGGCUUAUUAAUCUGCAACAGACUUAAAACUUUAGGAAAUCUUUUGGGAAGGUGUUAGCCUAGUGGUUAAGGUAUUGCUCUUGGAUCCCAGAGGUUCUGAGUUCAAGCCCCACUCCCACGGCUGCCACUUUGGGCAAGACCCUUAAUCCCCACACCUCUCCCCAGGCGCCUCACAUUGGCACCCUACUGCUCCCCAAAGGUAUGGGUUAAAUGCAGAGAGUAAACUUUGUUGCUUUGUACUUCUGACAAUUCUAAUGAUAAUGAAGUUGAAUUCUAUUCAAUUCUGUUCUUUUAUUUUGCCCAAUUAAACAAAACACUGUAUGAAUGUAUGCUCACACUCACAUAUAUAGGCCCAUACAGUAAACAGCCAUUCAGACACCUGGAUAGAUAAAAGACACCUGGAUAAUAACUAGUUACAUUUAUUCUUUUAUAUUAACUUAGGUAACAUUUUGGAGAUAAUAUGUUCAUUGUUUAGCUUAACUGUACUGUACUUCUUAUUUUUAUGUGAGUAGGCCUAAUAUGCUUGUGAAUUAACACUGCUGAUUAUGGAGGAAGAUUAAACUAUUUUUCCAAAGGCCAUUUAAAAAUGGAAAUUUAAAAGAAAACAGAUAUUUCUUUCAUUAUAACAAAAAGAUUUGAUUUAGUCAUUUUUAUGCACUUUUUGGUUCUGUUUAAG